AUGGCUAGUUUGGUUUCUCCUAUUGCUCAGUUGGUAGAGCGUGCGGCUGUUAACCUCAAGGUCGCUGGUUCAAACCCAGCUGGGAGAGCUCCUUUGCACCACGCGCUGUCCAGCCUCAUAUUGAGCAACUUCUCGUGCACGACGUCGCUUCUACUGUCAUUAGAUGCACCGAUGCUCCGUUAUCGACGCCAUCAACACCGUAUUGAACCGUUCGAAUGCGAUGCACGUUGCGACAUUCUGAUCGAUGGUCGAGUCCCACCCGGUCUUGGUGACAACAUCUUGGUUUCGUUCUUUCUCUGGUGUCAGGUCAGCUGCUUUGUCUCUGUUGUUGCCGUUGUCAAAAGACAGGCUAACGAACUCGAGUGUGAGCUCAAGCAAUCGGAUACUGUGCCUAUGGUCCGGUGUCAGCUGUCAGUGUAA